UCCAUCCACUUUUUUUCGUAAGUCAAGUCAAAUGAAAAAGUGAAUAGAAGUCGGUGUUGUUUUUACGUGGAAAAAUCGUGGGCCUCCUUGCCUCCUUGCACCAUUAUACCAUUAUUUUGCGAAAAAAUACAACUAUAUUUAAUUUGUUAUAUUUAUAUUGUGCGCGAUUCGAGGAGAAAAUAACGCGACGUCUGAAAAAAUCUUCCAUGUGUCUACUGUGAAAAAAUCGCAUCUUGCAGUGUUACAUUACAAUAAGAACGAAUGAACAUCAUCCACUACUCUCAUAGUUUGAAAUAAAAAAUAUCUGCAACUCCAGAUUCCAGAUUGGAUACUUCUUAAUCGUUUAAUGCAAUGAAAUAAAAUUUCAGCCGCUUGUUUUUUGUUGCAAAGAACACAUUGUACUAACACAAAAAAGGAAUAACAUGAGCCAUGCCUUCGGCACGACCUGGUAGUCUUAAAGAUCCGGAAAUCGCAGAGCUUUUCUACAAACAUGACCCAGAGAAGAUAUUUGAAGAUUUGCGCGAAAUUGGCCAUGGCUCCUUCGGUGCGGUUUACUAUGCCCGAUGUAAUCUUACCAAAGAAAUUGUGGCCAUCAAAAAGAUGUCCUACACGGGCAAACAGAGUCUGGAAAAAUGGCAGGAUAUUCUCAAAGAAAUCAGAUUUCUUCGUCAAUUGAAUCAUCCCAAUACGAUUGAAUAUAAAGGAUGUUACCUACGCGAAUCUACAGCAUGGCUUGUAAUGGAAUAUUGUGUAGGUUCUGCCUCUGAUAUUAUUGAAGUUCACAAGAAGCCAUUGCAUGAAGAUGAAAUAUCUGCCAUAUGUGAUGGAGUUUUGAGCGGUCUCAGCUAUUUGCAUAGCUUAGGUCGGAUACAUCGUGACAUAAAAGCGGGAAACAUACUUUUGACCGAUUGUGGAGUGGUCAAAUUAGCAGAUUUCGGUAGCGCAGCCAUAAAGUGUCCAGCCAAUAGUUUUGUGGGCACUCCAUAUUGGAUGGCGCCUGAAGUCAUCUUGGCCAUGGAUGAAGGUCAAUAUGAUGGCAAAGUGGAUGUGUGGUCAUUGGGAAUAACCUGCAUUGAGUUGGCCGAACGUAAACCGCCAUAUUUUAACAUGAACGCCAUGUCUGCAUUAUAUCAUAUUGCCCAAAACGAAUCACCAACGUUACCCAAAAAUGACUGGUCCGAUACGUUUUGUAAUUUUGUGGAUUUAUGUCUCAAAAAGAAUCCUGCUGAACGACCAUCAUCGACAAAGCUUUUGGGAGAUCCAUACGUUACGAGACAUCGUUCAGAUACGGUUCUCUUGGAGCUUAUCGCACGUACGAAAGCAGCAGUCCGGGAAUUGGAUAAUCUCAAUUAUCGUAAAAUGAAGAAAAUUCUUAUGGUUGACACCUGCGAGACUGAAAGCGCCAUUGGCGACACAGACGAUACACAGGAUGAGCAUGCCGGUGGCGAUAGUAGCAAGAGUAAUAGUAUUACGUCGGAACACUCUAUACAUUCUGUGGGUGUGUCGGCGGCCAGUAGUCAAGUAAGCUCUUCGUCGAACUCUAUACCACCUGCGACACAAAAUCACAUUGGUGGCGUUCAUCCAUAUUCGCAACAGCCACAGCAUUUGGGUGCUAUGAAUUAUCACCACCCUCAUCAUCAACAAAUGCAUUCACAACAGCAACAACAGCAGCAGCAGCAACAACAACAACAGGCAAUCAGUGGAGCUGUUUCUCGCAAUUCUUCACGCCAUCGUAAUUUGCCACCAUUGCCAAGCAUUAUGCACAAUAUGAACAAUAAUGUUACACCUACUAAUUCCACAGCUGUGGUACCAGCACCUGUGCCUCACCAACAACAGCAGCAACAACAACAACAGCAGCAGCAGCAGCAACAGCAGCCCCAUUCAAUAAUGUCCAUGGGCAGCGGCGGCGGCGGUGUUAUGCCGCAGUCGCAACAAAGUUGUGCAAAUAUGGCGGCCGGUGAUCGUAUGUCACAAACAUCACAAGCGCCCCCCAUACAGCCGCGUUAUCUACCCUUUCCGAUACAAGCGAAUGAGCAUGGUCCUAACAAUUUUGCAACUAUACGUACUACAAGUAUAGUAACUAAACAACAAAAGGAACAUAUGCAGGAAGAGAUGCAUGAGCAAAUGUCUGGAUACAAGCGAAUGCGUCGUGAGCAUCAAGCUGCACUUGUCAAGCUUGAGGAAAAAUGCAAAGUUGAAAUGGAGGCGCAUAAAAAUGCUUUGGACAAGGAAUAUGACAGUCUGUUGCAUAAUUUCACAAGGGAAUUAGAAAGAUUAGAGGCCAAACACCAACAGGAUUUGGAAAGACGCAUGAAGCAAACAACAACUGCCGAAAAGAAAUUACACAAGGAGAUUUCUCUUAAACAGGAAUGUGAUCGAAAGACAUACGAUAUGCAACGCAAGAAAGAUUACAAAGCCAACAAAGAGAGAUGGAAACGUGAAUUGUCUAUGGACGAAUCGACACCGAAACGUCAGAGAGAUUUGACGCUGCAAUCACAAAAGGACAACCUGAAGCAAGCUGAGGCUCAAGAAGAACAACGUCUAUUGUCGGUGCAAAAGAAAUAUAUUGAGCAGGAAAUGCGUAAAUUUAAGCGAAGGCGAUUAAUUAUGUUGCAUCAGCUGGAAGAUCAACUCCUAAGAGAUGAAUUGUGUAAAAAACAAAACCAGUUGGAGCAAGCCCAUGGUAUGCUUUUGAAGCAUCAUGAGAAAACCCAAGAACUAGAGUAUCGACAACAGAAGAGUGUUCAUCAGCUGCGUGAAGAACAGAUCAACAAACAACACGAUACCGAAUUGCAAAAUCAAAAAGAUUACAUGGACCGUGUUAAAAAAGAAUUGAUUCGCAAACAUGCUUUGGAAAUUAGACAACAUCCAAAAAGUCUAAAGCAAAAGGAGUUGCAAAUACGCAAACAAUUCCGCGAAACGUGUAAAACACAAACGAAGCAAUAUAAACGCUACAAAGCCCAGAUAUUGCAAACAACGCCAAAGGAGCAACAAAAAGAAGUCAUUAAACAGUUAAAAGAAGAAAAACAUCGCAAACUAACGCUUCUGGGCGAACAAUAUGAACAAAGUAUUGCCGAUAUGUUCCAAAGUCAAAGUUAUAAACUAGAUGAAAGUCAAGUGAUCGAGUGCCAACGUACCAACGACAUGUUGGAAUAUGAAUUAGAUGUCUUAACUGCCUAUCAAAAUAAGAACAAGAAACAAGCUCAAGAACAACGCGACCGCGAGCGUAGAGAAUUGGAAAAUCGCGUGGCAGUUCGUCGCAGUGUUUUAGAGAGCAAGAUGGAUGCCGAAUUGCAACAAUUCAAUCAAGAACGUGCCGAAAGAUUGCGAUUGAUGCAUGAGAAACACGUUAAAGAAAUUGAUACUUUCGAUGAAGAAUCAGUAACUUUAGGUUUCAGCGUUAUGGCAAUAGCCGAAGGAUCACGCGAGGCAUACCCUGACGAAGAGGGUAGUCUAUCGGGUUCGAUGAUUAGUUUAGCGCAUAGUAAUAGUUCAACAAGUUUUCCGGCUGGCUCCCUAUAGCAUAGAAAUGUUAAUAUUACAAAUGGAUUUCAUCAAAAUAAUAUUUUAAAUAAAGAUAAUGUAAUUAUUGCUAGUAAUACAACAACAACAACAACCAGAACAUCCACCAACAACACCCCCACAACAAUAACAACAAGCAUAGUUUCUACAUCAGCAUUCGUCGCAUACGCAUCAUCAUCGACCACAACAGCAACAACUACACCACACCGACAACAUUAACCAAACAUUUUCGACUUGUGCAAAAUGAUGAAUGCAAUAAAACACAACAGUAAUUGAGAUACAGCGAUCCUUAGGACCACCAACAAAAAGGCAACCCACAACACAACACCAAAAACAACAACAGCUGAUGAUGUGAACAGUGAAACCGUAGAAGAAGCUUUCUAAAUUAGAAACAAAUUAUCAUUUGCCAUACCGCAAGUAUGUGAAAGGCAGAUAGACAGACUAUGCCCAAAUGACUUCGAUGCAAAAUGAUUGGUUCAAUUUGCUCAAAAGUGCAUUUGAAGAAUGUUGAUGUUUUGUAAACUACAACAUGCAACUUAUGGAAUACACCAACAACCCAAUUGCAAUCCACUAUUUUGCUCCUCCCGCACGCACACAACUAUUUUGUCCACUACCCCCACACACCCACACACACUUAAUACGCUCACCGCUGCCACCAUCACCAUCCCAUUUGUCAAUAAUAAAGUGUCGAAAAUUAAAAAAAAAAAAAACGAGUAACAAUGAAAA